AAGGAGCAGCCCCGGCACGAUCAAGAUGGCACGGAACCAAAGGAGCAACCUCGGCACGAUCAAGGGCGGUUUGCUGAUCUCAAGGUUUUCGUGGCCGGUGCCUCGGGAAGAACUGGAAGGCUCGUGGUGGAAAAGCUCUCGAAAGGAGGUGCCAAAGUGAUAAGGCCAAUCGAUUCAACGAGCAGGGCAACGUGACUGCUGUCCGUGGCGACAUUUGUAAAUACGAAACUCUCAAGUAAGCACUGGGUGAUAGUAAUGCGGUCGUGUGUGUCAUUGGGACGAAGUUUUUGCCGCUGGAUAUUAUGAAGACUUACCAGAUCGAGUAUGAAGGAGUUGUGAACCUUAUCUCGGCAGCCAAGAACCAAGGACAAGUGAAAAAGUUUAUACUGGUUACGUCGAUUCUCGUCAUUCCUCCAGAUAAUCCCCAUUCUGUGGUGGAAAAGGCAGGCAGAGCUUUGCAACGCUCGGGGCUUGAGUACACUAUCGUAAGGCCUGCUGGUCUACGAGAGAACGCACCCGCUGUAAACGAUGAGGCUCUCGUCAUGACGCCAGCCGACUCGCUCUUCAUAGGUGGUAUCAGUCGAUCAAAGGUCGCUGAAGUUUGCGUGGAAGCGAUCGUGGUCCCGGAAGCCUCAGAGAAAAUCGUGGAGAUAUGCGCGGGUGACGUCCAGAAGGGCAGCAUCCAAGAACUAUUCUCGCGAAUUUGAUCAAUGCCAAAGUAAAUCCUUGUUCUUUCGUAUUAGCAAAUUUCACAAACACUUGCAUUCAUUUGUCACAUGCUUCGAGGUUGGGCACCACAAGAUUAUAAACGAUGGAUAGAUAA